AGCGCCGCUGUAACCCCGCGCACCGGCAGAUCGCCGGCUCCUGCCCGUUUCAAUCUGCGCCGACGCGGCAGCAGGAUCCCGGGGACUCCCCGCGCCGGGAAUCUCCCGCCAGCUGCGCGCUGCGUCCCCGCGACGGCAGGAGCACGUGGAGCGGCCGGGUAGCCAGAGAGGCAGCUCCAACCCAGCCCGGCGGCGACAUGGAAGAUAUACAACCAAAUGUGGAACUGAAAAGCACUCAAGAGGAGUCUGUGCCCACAGAAAGUCCAGCAGUUUUGAAUGACUACGACAUAACCAAAUCUCACGAAAUAGAAAAUGUGGACAAUGCGGAAGGCCCAACCAAUGAAGAUGAAGAUAUGGGAGAUGAUUCAAUGAAAGUGAAAGAUGAAUACAGUGAGAGAGAUGAGAGUAUUUUAAAACCAGAGCCUAUGGGAAAUGCAGAAGAGCCUGAAAUUCCUUACAGCUAUUCGAGAGAAUAUAAUGAAUAUGAAAACAUUAAGUUGGAGAGACAUGUUGUCCCCUAUGAUAGCAGCAGGCCAACCAGUGGGAAGAUGAACUGCGAUGUGUGUGGAUUAUCCUGCAUUAGCUUCAAUGUCUUAAUGGUUCAUAAGCGGAGCCAUACUGGUGAACGCCCAUUCCAGUGUAAUCAGUGUGGGGCAUCUUUUACUCAGAAAGGUAACCUCCUCCGCCACAUUAAACUUCAUACAGGGGAAAAACCUUUUAAGUGUCACCUCUGCAACUACGCAUGCCAGAGAAGAGAUGCGCUCACCGGGCAUCUUAGGACACAUUCUGUCGAGAAACCCUACAAAUGUGAGUUUUGCGGAAGGAGUUACAAGCAGAGAAGUUCCCUUGAGGAGCACAAGGAGCGCUGCCGUACGUUUCUUCAGAGCACUGACCUGGGGGACACUGCAAGUGCGGAGGCAAGACACAUCAAAGCAGAGAUGGGAAGUGAAAGAGCUCUCGUUCUGGACAGAUUAGCAAGCAAUGUGGCAAAACGAAAAAGCUCAAUGCCUCAGAAAUUCAUUGGUGAAAAGCGCCACUGCUUCGACGUCAACUAUAAUUCUAGCUAUAUGUAUGAGAAAGAGAACGAGAUCAUGCAGACCCGAAUGAUGGACCAAGCCAUCAACAACGCCAUCAGCUAUCUUGGUGCCGAGGCCCUGCGCCCCUUAGUCCAGACACCGCCUGCUCCCACCUCCGAGAUGGUUCCUGUUAUCAGCAGCAUGUACCCCAUAGCCCUCACCCGGGCUGAGAUGCCAAAUGGUGCCCCCCAGGAGCUGGAAAAGAAGAGCAUCCACCUUCCAGAGAAGAGCCUGUCUUCUGAAAGGGUUCACUCCCCCAACAAUAGCGGCCAUGACUCCACAGACACCGACAGCAACCACGAAGAACGCCAGAAUCACCUCUACCAACAAAAUCAUCUGGGCCUCCCUCGGGCCCGCAAUGGGAUGCCACUUCUGAAGGAGGUCCCUCGACCUUAUGAACUCCUCAAGCCCCCACCCAUCUGCCCGAGAGACUCCAUCCGAGUGGUCAACAAAGAAGGGGAGGUGAUGGAUGUGUAUCGGUGUGACCACUGUCGCGUCCUCUUCCUGGAUUAUGUGAUGUUCACUAUUCACAUGGGGUGCCAUGGCUUCCGUGACCCUUUCGAGUGUAAUAUGUGUGGCUACCGAAGCCAUGAUCGGUACGAGUUCUCAUCUCACAUAGCCAGAGGAGAACACAGGGCCAUGCUGAAGUGAUCAUCUGAUCUCAGAAUUAGGAGCAUAGGAAGUCAACAUUGUUUCUAAAAACUAAUUACCAUGCGUAACAGACCACUCCCAAAACACCCUCGUCGUUUUCAUACCAUUUGUCGUAUGUAACGUGCCAUGUAGAAAUACUGGCUUCAUUUGGAAAGUAUUUUGCAGAUCUAUCAUGUUAUUACUUUGGUGAACACCAUUGUUUUCCCAUGAGGAACUUGAAUUUUAUGGAAUUUAAAAGCCAAAGAAACAUUUGGUUAUUCUCUUUUGUAACAAUAGAAUGGAUAUUUACUGAAGCUUAUGGUCAGUUGGAACAGUCCCUGGUUAUGCUUCUGAGACACAUUGGCCAUAGAUAAAAACCUUUCGGUCACAUGCCCAAAUCCAGAGCUGACCAAGUGACCCAUCUGGGAAGCCUUGGCCUUCUGCACCUAACAUGAGGCUGAGGGUUAGGUAUAAUCUCCGCAUCACAGCUUAUCAUCUAAGGGUGGGAGGAAAAAACCAUAAAAUAAGAACCUGUCACCAGUCACUGGAGACUCCAUUCUCUGAGCAUCAGAUCCAUUUGCUAUCACACAAGCAAAAAAAAAAAAAUUAAAAAAAAAAAAGUUAUCCGAUGACACUUCUGCUUCUACUGUUUACCCUCCCAUCUCCAGUGAAAAGCGGAGCUGUUUUCAGCUAAACCAGUUGUCUACAGGAGAAGUGCUGCGGCAGAACUGAUGGCUUUCAACAUAGACCAUCACUGAAACUCCAGAAAGGUGUCUACCGUGACUGACGGAUUCGUUCCUUCUGAUCAAGACUGGCAGAGCUGGGUUUGAGGGGGGAAACGGUUUGGGAGCACCAACAGAAAAAGAAAGACAACAGUUUCUAAAAGCUCCUGGUCUCCUUCAGAGAAUAUUGGUGGUACAGACCCAAAGCAAACUUGCCAGUGAUUUUUUUUUUUCCACAAAAAAA